AUGUCUGCCUGGCGUGCACACUUCGGCUUCAAUAAGUACCUUACUAUCACGGCCCGUGCCACUCAACGAGCUUUGAAAGAAGAGUUCAAGGGUAAAGCUGAGACUCGAGCGAAGACUAACCUGCGUUAUCAGACCUGGGAAGCCGGUAAAGCCGGGGAACAAACCUGGGUAAAGGCUCAAGAAGAAAUUGAUCCCUCCAAGUCUGCAACAUCCUGA